AUGGUAUCGUUUCUAUCAUACAUUAUUCCAACUUCCCAGGGUUGGGUGUUGACCAUACUCUCCUCGCUACUUUGUGUACUGGGCGCGUUUAUUAUAUAUUUCGACCAAGUCUACCAGUUUGUCUUUCCCAAGUUUAUCACAUCAAGGUAUCAGUUCCACUUGAAAGGCAACUAUGCUUUCCUUAAUGGGUCAUUAGCAUUCAGCUCGGGGUGUUUGAUUUUCACAUCCUUAUACAGAUUGCUUCCGGAAGCACUGAAAUACUUGCAAAAACUGGACGAGGAAGAUGAUGGUGAUAAUAGCGAGAAAGAGGUUGGCGGCAAUAGUCGAAGAAAAUUGCAAUUUUAUUUGAUGAGUAGUUAUUUUGGAGGCAUAUUGAUUUGUUCAUUCUUUAAUAUUGCUUUGCAUUUGAUCACCAGUGAGAGUAUUGUGCAUUGUAAUCACGGUGGUGAUAUCAAAAGUGAUAAUGACCAUCAUCGUCAUCACCACCACCAUAAUCAUUCGCAACAACACCAAGGACACAAUCAUGGCCAUCGCCACCAACAACAACAUCACAGUGAUGACGAUGACGAGGAUGAGCAGGUACAACAAUCAAAAAGUAUCGAUACUUCUAAAGUGCCUGCUGCGGCCCUAGAGUAUUUGCAAGACCGCCCGGCAAAUAAGCAAAGCAUCUUGCUGGUUGUAAUGCACGACCAUGAAAAUGCCCCCUUAAUCAGAAAGACUUUGAAACCAAGGAAAUCGUUCCUUCAAAUGUUUUUAAAACACGCCGAUGAUGAUGAAGUGACAGUUGGCGAAUGCAAGGGCUACUCGUCGGCUGAAAGGUGUGGACACAACGAAGGCCACGAAAAUGAAUUGCACUACUGUGAAUUGCCCGAAUUGACGAAUGAUUGCGCUAGUAACGAACAAAUUGAGUCUAGGGAUGUAGGUGAAGAAGGCGAAGAAAAUGAAGAAAGACAAGAGGAGGAAGAAAACAACCACCAUGAUGAGCACCUGCACGGACAUCUGCAUUCACAUCAGUCACAUCAUUCACAUGAACCCGAUCAUCACCACCACACCAACUCACCUUUAUCAAGGCUAUUGCUAAUCGGUAUACAAACAACUUUGGCAAUUACACUCCACAAACUACCGGAGGGAUUUGUCACCUACAUUACCUCGGAAACUAAUCCUACUCUUGGAAUAUCCAUUUUCAUCAGUCUCAUCUUGCAUAAUUUCACCGAAGGCUUUUCCAUGUGCUUGCCCUUGUAUUUUUCCAUGGCAAAAUCGUCGAAAUAUGCUAAAAUUAAAGCAGUUACAAUCAGUGCUGUAUUGGGAGGUCUUGCACAACCAUUGGGUGCGCUAUUGGGCUAUUUUUUUCUUCAAUUCAAUCAACAUUACAAUUUAAGCAGAUUAGAUUUUAUAUUCGGGGUCACCAUUGCACUAACAAGCGGGUUUCUAACUGUUGUUGCCCUUUCGAUGUAUGGUAGCGCCGUUGCCUUUGGCGGCAACGCAAACCAAAUCAUGUUAUGGUGCAUUAUAGGAAUCAUCCUAAUUGGCUCCUCAUCCAUCCUUUCCGCUAAAUAA